AUCAAGGAGUUCAGUGAAUCAUCCAAACAAGCGCAGUUUUGACGUCCUUCGAAAGACCUUUCAAUAUUUUUAACUAUCAAAAUAAUUGUGUACCAUUAUUUUAGCGCAACAUUUUGAAAAUAUUUAGGGCUAUUCGACGUAUCGAUCAGGCUUGCAAACUUGUCAAGAAAAAACAACUAAUCUUAUUCCUCUACCCGGUGAUUGAAGUGUUGCGAAGUAAGAACUUCCAAAUACCCUGUUUAAUAAAAUAAAUACAAAAUGACUGAACAACCAUUACCACCUCCCGUUAUGUGGGCCCAAAGAUCUUCAAGAAUCUUUUUAACAAUAAAUUUAGAAGACGUUAAAGAUCCUGAAAUUAAAUUUAAUAAAGAUUCAGUAUAUUUCAAAGGAAUGGGGGGUGUAGAGAAGAAAAAUUAUGAAGUAACGAUCCAUUUGUAUAAAGAAAUCGACCCCGAGUGGUGUAAAAGUUUCAAUAGAGGACGAUGUAUCGAAAUUCUUCUAACCAAAGCGAAUCAAGAUGAGCCAUAUUGGCCGGCGCUAACGUCCGACAAAAAGAAGCACCAUUGGUUAAAAUGCGACUUCAACAAAUGGAACGAUGAAGACGAUUCGGGUGACGAAGGUGUAGGCGGUAUGGGCGGCGGCGAUUUCGAAGAAAUGAUGAGGCAAAUGGGAGGUUUAGGUGGAGACAAAAAGGGCGGCAAACCAAACUUCGACGAUCUAGAAGGCGACGAAGGGGACGACUCAGACGACGAGCCAAUCCCCGACCUCGAGUAGUCUCCUAAGAUUUAGAUUUCUUAUUUUUUUUUUUUUCGAAUUUUGUAUGAUUAUUGUUAAGUUAUAUGAAUAAAAGUGAAGUUUUUAGAGGCGAUACUUCAAUUCCCUGUAUAUUCUCGACAUCUCAUUUUUUUAUUUUUAAUGUUUGAUUGUGUAAUUAAUUUGAAAACGAUUAAUUCCAUCAAAAAUAAUAAAUAAAGUGUAGAAUCGAUUUUUACUUUUUCUAU